GGCGCUUUGGCUCAUUAGUGUGGGCGAGCAGAGAGGAGGAGGGACGCGCAAAAGACACAGAAGUGUUGAAGACGAAAACUCACGCUGAGCUCCGGAUGAGUUUGGAGUUUUCCUGGAGCUGCUUUGUUUUCCGGUGAGGUCUUGGGGAAAAAAGAAGUUGGAGAAAGAGGGAGAAAAUCCGUGAAGUGUCAAUGUCGCUCUUCUGACGGAUGAUAUUAAACACUGCACUGGAGCAUCAUCAGCAGGACUAACAGUAACCUGCCGGUCAUUUCCUCUUUUCUCCUGCCGCGGAAACGUCAGCGCUUUAGUUCUUGGCCGCGCUCUCCAAAACUCUUCCGUGAUUCUUAUCAGCCGGUUAUUGUUCCUUUUUGUCAACCGGACAUACACGAAUCGAUUCUCGCCUCUUACUGCUUUGCCUCGUUCCUUUUUAGUGGAUGCACCGAUGAGAGAUCCGGUUUUCACGGGGACCGGCGCUAUGGCUUAUCACCCGUUCCACGCGCACCGGCCCGCCGACUUCCCCGUGUCGGCGUUCCUUGCCGCGGCGCAGCCCGCCUCCUUCUUCCCGAGCCUCGGGCUUCUUCCCAAGCCGCUGGCUGAGCACGCUCUGUCCGGAGCCGCGGAGGCCGGCCUGCACGCGGCGCUGCACGGCCACCAUCACCACCACUCUCACCCGCAGCAGCAGGCGGCUGCCGCCGCGCACCUCCGUGCACUAAAGAGCCUCGAGCCAGACGAGGAGGUAGAGGACGACCCCAAAGUCAAUCUCGAGGCCAAGGAGCUCUGGGAUCAGUUUCAUAAACUCGGCACCGAAAUGGUCAUCACCAAGUCUGGAAGGAGAAUGUUUCCUCCGUAUAAAGUGCGCGUGAACGGCCUGGACAAGAAGGCCAAGUACAUCCUGCUGAUGGACAUCGUGGCGGCGGACGACUGUCGCUACAAAUUCCACAACUCUCGCUGGAUGGUGGCGGGGAAAGCGGACCCAGAGAUGCCCAAGCGCAUGUACAUCCACCCGGACAGCCCCGCCACCGGGGAGCAGUGGAUGGCCAAACCGGUCACUUUUCACAAGCUCAAACUCACCAACAACAUUUCCGACAAACACGGAUUCACUAUACUAAACUCGAUGCAUAAAUACCAACCCAGGUUUCAUAUUGUUCGAGCCAACGACAUCCUGAAGCUGCCCUACAGUACUUUCAGGACAUACGUGUUUCCAGAAACGGAUUUCAUAGCCGUCACUGCCUAUCAAAACGACAAGAUUACGCAGCUCAAAAUCGACAACAACCCUUUCGCCAAAGGAUUCAGAGACACUGGCAAUGGCAGGAGAGAAAAAAGGAAGCAGUUGAGUCUGCCUGCGCUGCGUGUGUAUGAUGAAGCGUGCGCUAAAGGAGACGGAGCGGAAUCUGACGCUUCAUCCUGCGAACCGCCGAGUAGCAGAGAGCCGCUUCACUCUCCUUUAGGAUCCGCAACAAGCCCGCUAAAAUUCAACAGGUCCAGUCGAGACGAGAAAAACUCCACUGAGAGUGAUCAAGAGUUUGAGCACCAGGAGCAAAUGUCUGUAGGAGUGAGUAGUCCUGGUCCACAAGCAGCAUCUCCCUUCAAGCCAAGCAUUGAGGAAAAGGUCAAGGACAAACCCGAGCUUGACAAGAAAGAGGACUGUGCGGACUCAAGUAGAGAAAGCGACUCUGCUUUCAGCAUCAGAAACCCAGAGAAGGACAAAUCAGAGAGAGGGAACCCCAAAGAGUCAGAACCAUCCAGGAAGGAGGGCAAGGAACGCUUUACCCCACUUCUGAUCCAAACAGAGGGCCCAUCAUCCUUCAGUGCCAAUCACCUCCAGAGCCUGGCGCUGUCCGGCCUGCACGGUCAGCCUUUAUUUAACCCACUGACUGCAGCAGGGCACCCGUUGCUGUUCCACCCGAGCCAGUUCGCCAUGGCUCCUGGGGCUUUCUCGACCAUGGGCAUGGGGCACUUGUUGGCAUCAAUGUCGGGGGCAAGCGCCCUGGAGAAUGGAGGCCUGUCACCUCAGGGCACUGCCACACCUGGGUCCUUCCCGUUCCACCUCUCGCAGCACAUGCUUGCAUCUCAGGGUAUCUCCAUGCCGCCCUUUGGCAGUCUCCUCCCGUAUCCAUACACGUACAUGGCGGCGGCGGCGGCUGCGGCGGCUUCUUCUCUCCCCGCCGGCGGUGUGGCGUCUUGUCUCAGCCGCAACGCUUUACUGAGCGGCUCGCGGCCCAGACUGCGCUUCAGCCCCUACCAGAUCCCGCCGAGCUCCAGCCUGCUCAGCGCCGGACUUCCGGGUGCGGAUCACGCAGACUCGGGCUCGGGUUCCUCCUCCAAACCAGGCAGCAGGGAGGGCAGUCCCGCACCCGGGCCGCACGGAUCCCCGCACGCACCCGCCAAGGAGGCCGUGAACGAACUGCAGAGCAUACAGAGGCUCGUGAGCGGACUGGAGAAACAGCGGGACGAGUCGCCGGGCCGAGAGUCUCCGAAAUGACGUAAAAAGGCUCAGUUUUCUAAUGGGUUUUGGAUGCAAAAAAAAAAAAAAAAUGCAUGAAUUUGCAUCAAAAUUCAUAAUUGCAUUUGGUUUAAAAAAAAAAAAAAAAAAAGUCGUGCGAACAGGCCUGGGAUGUGGAGAGAAAAAACGCACUUUGGGGUCGCUGUAUUGCAGAAAGAUGCAGAUGAAACUCGAGACUCACUGAACGCAAAUUUUCAAGUCCAGGUUUAAAUCAUGGUCAUGGGGAUUGAACACUGAACUGACCCUGAACCCAGUGGACUUGGCUGAAAACACAGUCUACAUCAAUGGAUGAUCAUCUUCUAAUCUGCUUGUAUCUGGGACUUGUUAUUUUUUUUUCUAAUUAUUUAUAUGUAAUAUUCAGAAGAUGAAAAUAACUAUGUAAAUAAGCCGAAUGGAUUGAAGAAGAUGCGUUUUAAUUUAUUCAGACUGUACAUUGGCGUGUAAAUACUAUCUAGGUUGCAAUUUGUUACAUUUAUAUUUGCCCCAAUUACCUGAGUGUAUAGGAAUAUUAUCUCUAGCGCUUGUUUGUAUGGAACCCGAAUGUGUGUGUGGGUGUGUGUGGGUGUGUGUGUGUGGGUGUGUGUGUGUGUGUGUGUGCCACCGCAGAUCUCGCUUUCUGCUUGCAAGGCUGAAUUUCAUACAUUGUAUUGCGUUGCGAUUUUUUAAAUACAGCGAUGCACUAACAGGGAAAUCUCAGGUUUCUUUUCUUCUUUCUUUCUUCUUUUUUUUAAAAAUAAAUAUAUCUGUCCUGGAGAAAGUCUUUAAAAUAGUUCCUCUGCUAAUUUUUUGGACAUCCUCGGGUAAAUGACAGUGGUUUUGUUGCAUUUUCUGCAUUUCAAUAAAAGAGGAAGGUGUUGCACA